UAUGCAAAUUUCUAAAAAAGCACAUUCGUCUCUAAAUCUUGCCAAUAAUGACUUAUUGCAAACACCAGAUAAAAAACCCACAAAUCAUCAUGUUAAUAAAUCAAACAAAUAAGAAGAAAGUACAACAAAAGAACCAAUUGAAGUAGAUGUAUUAACUUACAAUCAUCCUUCAAAUAAUUGGAAAUUAAUUCCUGUUUCAAAUAUAUUUGGAGCAUAUAAAAGAGUUAAGAAUGUUAUAACUAGAACACCAACUCAAAAAUCAAUGAAAUUAUCAGAAUAUUUUGGAGCAAAUAUUUAUAUAAAACGAGUAAAUUAUAUAUAUAGAUUUAGGAAGAUUUGUAAAUUGUUAGAAGUUAUAAAUUAAGAGGAGCAUAUAAUAAAAUAAUAUCUAUACCAGAGAGUGAAAGACAUCGUACUGUAUUUUGUUCUAGUGCUGGUAAUCAUGCUUAAGGUGUUGCUUAUGUGUGUAAUUUAUUGAAAAUCAAUUGUAUUAUUUAUAUGCCUACAAAUACACCAAGUAUAAAGUUUAAUGCUGUAAGGUAAUCUAAAAUUAAUAUAUAGAUCAUGGGGUAAAUAAUAUGUCCAGAUUGAAUUGGUUGGAGAUACUUUUGAUGAGAGUUUUAGAGCAAGUAAAGAAAGAUGUAAUACUGAAAACGGAAUAUAUGUACAUGCUUUUGAUGAUGAGAAAAUUAUAGAAGGCUAAGGAACUAUUGCUGUUGAAAUAUUAGAAGAUAUUCCUGAGAGUAAAAUUGACUUUGUAUUCUUUCCUGUUGGAGGUGGAGGAUGUGGAGCAGGAAUUUCAUCUUAUUUUAAAUAAGUAAAUCCUGAAACAAUCUUAAUUGGUGUUGAACCAGAAGGGUAUAAUUUAAAUAUUAUUAUUUUAGUUCACCUUCAAUGUAUGAAGCUAUUAAAUAAUAACAAGUUGUAGAAUUAGAUACAAUUAAUACAUUUGUAGAUGGAGCUGCUAUUAAAAAAUCAGGUGCUAAACCUUUUGAAAUUUUGAAUUCAGUAUUAAAAGAUAUUGUCUUAAUUCCAGAAGGACAUGUUUGUACAACAAUGAUGAAAUUAUUUAAUGAAGAAGGAAUUCUUGUUGAACCUGCUGGAGCUUUAGCAAUAUCUGCUUUGGAUAAAUUCAAAGAUUAGAUUAGAGGAAAAACUGUAGUUUGUUUGAUUUCUGGAAGUAAUAAUGAUUUAGGAAGAAUGACUGAUAUUAGAAUGCUUUCAGAAAUACAUUAAGGUUUAUAAUAUUAUAUGUUUGUAAAUUUCUUUUAAAAACCUGGAGCAUUAAAAUAGUUUAUUAUAUAAUGUUUGGGUACUCUUAUUAAUAUUUUAUAAUAUAGGACCAACAGAUGAAAUCACUAAUUUAGAAUACACAAGAAAAAAUAAUAGAGAAAAGGGACCAGCAUUAGUAGGAAUAAAAGUAAAGAAACCUUAAGAUUUUGAAGCUAUUAAAAAUAAAAUGGAAGAAUUAAAAAUUACACAUAGAAUAUUAUAACCAAAUCAAGAGAUUUUUAAAAUGUUAUUGUGA